CAUGUCUCCUUAGCCAAAGAAACUCACAAUGGCAUCCUCCACCUCCUCAUUCCAUCUUCUUGCCGUCCUCCUUGCGCUGGCCUCAUGGCAGGCCAGUGCAUAUGAUCCUAGUCCUCUUCAAGAUUUCUGCAUCGCUGACAUGAAGUCCCCUGUGCGAGUAAAUGGAUUUGCGUGCAAGGAUCCAAUGGCUGCAAGCUCGGACGACUUCUUCAAUCCCGCCAUGCUUGAUAAGGCUAGGGAUACAAAGGCCAGCAAGGUCAGGUCCAACGUCACCAACAUCAAUGUCAUAAAUUUCCCUGGCCUCAACACCCUGGGUAUCUCUCUGGCACGCAUCGAUUAUGGACCACUAGGUGUGAACACGCCACACAUACACCCCCGUGCCACUGAGCUCUUGACCGUGCUUGAGGGAACACUAUACCUUGGAUUUGUCACAUCCAACCCAAAUAGGCUCUUCUCUAAGAUAGUUACGAAGGGUGAUGUAUUCGUAUUCCCAAAAGCAAUGAUCCACUUCCAAAUGAACCUAGCGCAUGACAAGCCAGCGGCCGCGUUGUCCUCGCUCAGCAGCCAAAACCCCGGGGUUAUUUCUAUUGCCAAUGCAGUGUUUGGAUCAAAGCCGCCGAUUUCAGAUGAUGUUCUGGCCACGGCAUUUCAGGUGGAAAAGGAUCUGAUACACUGGCUCCAAUCUCAGUUCUGGGAAAAUAACAACUACUAAAUAUUAUCUGUUAUUUGCACCUAUUGGAAAUUUAAUAUGUGACACUAUAUAGAAUAAAUGGCAUGUAAUUAAUAUUUAUGCAUGCCUGCGAGCUGCGAGUUUUUCUUUUCUUUCUAUAUUGUGACAAAAUAUGUUUUCGUCGGAUUCAUGUCAUAAUCCAUUGGCGGUGUUGUUAUUUCAUUGUUUAAUAAAUGGAAUGUGGAUGUGCUCCUUUCGCUCGUU